AUGUCCGAGUUCACCUUUGGGUUCAACAUUUUUAAAGAUUUAGUGCUUAACAAUCAUUUUUGGGACAUGUACAGAUUUAAAGGAUCAGAGCCAAAAAGAAUCUUUAAUACUGCCUAUGUCUUGUAUUGUAUUAGAAAAUUUUUGAAACAAAAAGAGGAAUUAAAUAGUAGUUUGAAUUCUUCAACAAUUCGGGAUAACUUGCAUAAUUUCCCAAGGGAUUCUCAGACACUUCCCUUGCAAAUAUUAUUGAAUCUAGUCAUUAAUAACCCUCUUGCUACUAAUUACACACCUCUACUCUCAUUCAUGUUUUACAUAGGAGCUAUUACAUAUAAACCUGACUUAUCAGCAAAUAUUAUUUUUGAAUACCCAAUCAAGCUUUUGCAAGUAUUAGAAGCUAACAAUAAUAUAGAACCCCUAUGUAGAUUUAUAGAAAAAACCUUACUGAAGCCACUAAAGGACAAUAAUAUUGUAUACUCAAAUGAGAAAGCUUUGAAACAAGCAUUUAUGGAUGCCAUGAUUCUUACCCUCCACUCUGAUAUUGAACCUGAAUUCCUUGUAUAUUCCCAAAGCCCUGAUUUAGAUGGGAAAGCAAUCAACUUGAUUAAAAUUAACAAUAGAAAACGAAUUGCUAUUGAGUUCGAUAAUAUUAGAAUGAAUAAAGUUUUAUUGGAUAGAGCUAGAGGUUGUUGGCAGGAAGCUAUUAAAGUAUCCAGAUCGUUGUUAGAAAAAACAAAAAACGAAGUCUUGAAACUGAAAAUCGAUGACUAG